AGAUUUUGUACAUCAAAGCUAGCUGUGUUUGAAUUGAUUACAAAGAAGCUUGUAGUUACCUAUUUGUCACUCGCUGUACAGACGAGCAGCCGCUUGUGCUGAUGGUUUGCUGUGGAUAGAGAGGAGAGAGCGAGAAGGACAGAGAGUGUUUGCUUAUGCAGGAGUGUGGAAUUGCUGUUGAAGGUGUGGUUUAAUGAAUCUUGCUUUUUUUUUGCCUGUCUCUCAGUACCUGGGGUUAGCUAGUAACUUGAAGAAUUUGGGUCCUGCUGGAUAAUGCUUGGAUUGUGGCAGAUGUCCUUCAGGAGUCUGAUCUCGGGAUCACUCUUUCAUGCUACAGGCCUUUGUGCUGAAAAUCAGACAGUUGAUGUAUAAUAUGAGUUCUAAGCAUCUCUCUGACUGGAUCCCUUACAGUGUUCUGGAUGAUGAGGGCAGUAAUCUGCGACAACAGAAGCUUGACAGACAGCGCGCUUUACUGGAACAGAAGCAAAAGAAAAAGCGGCAGGAGCCUCUAAUGGUCCAGUCAAAUGUCGACAGCCGAUCAAGGACUCGGCGAAUGAAGCAAUCAGAAGAGCAGGCCCCUCUGGUUGAAUCUUACCUUAAUAGUAACAGCAGUACCAUUUACCAUGCAGUGCAAGAAUCCGAACAUGAGGAUGUAAAGGUUGUAACAGAUGUGCAAGCUCCAAAGCCUACUAAAAAAUCAAAGUCCUCAGCUACAGGUUCACAAGCUGCCAGCCUCAAGAAGGAGAAAAAGGCGAAACCAAAAGGGAUUGAUGGCCCUGCUGCUUUUCAGGAUGAAGCUCAGGAGGUUGGAAGUCAAAUUCAGAUUCUCACAGUUGGACAAUCCAGCAAUGACGGAGAGGUUGAUACAGACACUGCAGCCAAUGUUCAACAAACAAUAAAGCAGGAUCUUCGAGUAACAAUGCAGAAAAAAGGUAUUUCUAGCAGUAUGAACUUUGAUGAGGAAGAAGAUGAAGAAGAUGAAGACAGCUCUAGUUCUUCUCAGUUGAACAGUAACACCAGGCCUGGAUCAGCUUCCAGUAAAAAAUCUAAUAAAGAAGCUGCUUCAGUCUCUACCCCUCCAGGAACUGAUGCUCUAAUAGAUGUGGAUGACCUUGAGGAGUUUGCUGUGAGACCUGCUCCACAAGGAGUCACCAUUAAAUGCCGAAUCACAAGAGAUAAGAAGGGAAUGGACCGUGGAAUGUAUCCUACCUACUACCUCCACCUGGAAAGGGAUGAUGGCAAAAAGGUGUUCUUAUUAGCAGGAAGAAAGCGAAAGAAGAGCAAAACAUCAAAUUACCUCAUCUCUAUAGACCCUACUGACCUAUCACGUGGUGGCGAGAGCUUUAUUGGAAAACUCAGAUCAAAUCUAAUGGGCACCAAGUUUACAGUCUAUGAUAAUGGAGUGAAUCCGGAAAAAGGAAGUUCAAGCCUAGAUGCAAGUAACUUACGCCAAGAACUGGCAGCUGUUUGCUACGAAACAAAUGUUCUGGGUUUCAAAGGACCUCGGAAGAUGAGUGUAAUCAUUCCUGGCAUGAACAUGGAUCAUGAAAGAGUGUCCAUCCGGCCUCGCAAUGAACAUGAAACUUUGCUGGCAGGAUGGCAGAACAAAAACACAGAGAGUGUAAUUGAGCUACACAACAAAACUCCAGUAUGGAACGAUGACACUCAAUCCUACGUCCUUAAUUUCCACGGCCGAGUUACACAGGCUUCUGUGAAGAAUUUCCAAAUUAUUCAUGACAAUGACCCGGAUUAUAUAGUGAUGCAGUUUGGCCGUGUGGCUGAAGACGUCUUUACCAUGGACUACAACUACCCAAUGUGUGCAUUGCAAGCAUUUGCGAUUGCUCUCUCAAGCUUCGAUAGUAAAUUAGCUUGUGAAUAAUGGGAACAAUGGAAGUGUCAUACUGAAGGAGCAACAUGUGUUUGAAGGACAAGCUUGCUUUUCUGGCUUUGAUAUAUUGGUUGCAGAUCAUAAGACAUAAUUCAUCCUCAGUAUCGCACAUUUUGUUGUAAGUUUACAGAAUGAUUAAAAUCGCAUCAGGGUUCUAAAUCCAGUGUAGGACCCAUUUGAACCAUUUUAAUGAGGCUCGUGCCUGUUUUGUUUUUUUUAACACAGGCAUAGUUCUUUGCAUGGUCCGUAAGGCAUCACUGUCGCGUUAAUUUUGUGUGGACUUUUGGAACAAAAUGUUGUCCUAAAAUGAAAAUAAAGGAAAAAAAGAACUUCUGUUCUGAAAAUGGCAGCUAUAGAGUCCCAUGGGUAUUGAAUUAGAACAUGCGAGAGGUUUUUUUUCACAUUAACCUUUAAAGUACUAACCUUUGUGUCAUUUCUUGUACAUAAUCAGAUUGUUCUUUUCAGUUUGGUCAGAAGGUACUUUCAACAGAUGUCAUUGCGCUUGUUCUGCAGGUACCUUAUGCAGCAUGGUGAUAAUUAAACUAAUGUUGCUGAUAUUUGACCAUACAAUGCAACUUGUAAGAGAAAUGUAUUGUUUCAGGUGAUACAGUGUGUUUGAUCAUUAGGCUACAGUUUAUAAAACAAAUAGUUAAUAUUAUUACAGUGAUUAUUCAUUCAUUCUCUUUGUCUUACUUUUACAUGGGAUAUUGUCCAAAUAUUGACACCAUCGAGAAUGAGAAGAUGCCCUCCUUAUGUUGGGAUUGAGUCGUAUUACUGAGGCAAUGUAGGCAGAGUUUGCAUAGAAAUGCAUUUCCUUGUAUGCACCUGAAUGCCUGUUAAUGCCACUGUGGGUAGGAUUUGAGUUCUUCUGUCUCAGUUGCACUGUUGGAAAGAAAUAUGGGUUGCAAACCCACAAAUGUGGUAGGAAUCAUAGGAACAUUUUGAAAUAGGAGGCUAAAUAUGUGGCUACUUCUGGGACCCCUGGCCAAUUAAGGAUAGCAAGCAGGUUCUUGAUUGUGGAGGCCAUCCAGCAAUGGUAGAGCAGCAACAAUAGUGGGAACUGUUGAUGCAUGUAUGUGCAUGGGAGUUGGGAACGUUGGGGGAGGAUUUGAAAUGCUACCUUGUGAAGAGUUUACAUUAUUUAAUAACACGUAAUGGUGAUAUCUGCCAAACUGUCAUUGUGGAGGGCAGGCAUGGACACAGUGGGUAAGGAUUAAAUUGCACGAACCAUCAAUAGUCUCAGGUCUGCCUUCAGGAGACCAUCUCCAUUCGCCAGCCUGGAUUCUCAUCUGUGACCUCAUUAAUUGGCAUAAUUGCCGACUUACAAGUGGCAGGUAGUCUCCUUCCAAAUGACUUGGAGGCAUAACUUUUGCCGGCGCACUGGUAGUGGACCUUGCAAGCACCCAGGAGUUUAGUCCCGUCUCCACAACUUCGAGAAAGUGUACUUCUGAGCAUUAAACUUAGAAGUGUCCUAUUUCCUACCAUGGAACCCACAUGGGCUAAUGAACACAAUAAAAGUAAGCGUCAAUAAAGUAUAAGAUAACAGAAAAAGGAAAGAAUGUUGAAUAGAAUAAUAUUUAAUUUUUUAAAAAAUUGUUCUAGAUUAGGAAGAAUUGCAAAGUAAGAUCUCAUUUAUAAAUCAUGCUUUAUAAAGGACCAAUGGUUCAAUCAGAUAAAGGUAAAAGUGGGUGGAUAAAGACUGGUGAUAUUUUCCACAAGUUCUCAUUUGUAUACAGGUAAAUAUGAAGCUGAAGUCUUGUGUAAGAGAGAAAUGGAUGUUAAUACAUGUUUUUGGUUAGUGAUUAAAAUGUAGAAUUUGCAACCACAGGAACAAUUAUAGAGAGCUCUGUAGAGGCAUUGAAGUGGAACUAGGUAAUUAUAUCAUGUGGAAAAGGACAGGAGGUUAAGCUGAUAGGGUUAGAUGAAGGUGGGUGGGACAAGUUUCAUGCUGAUCAAAAAUACUGGCAUGGAUCAUUUGCGCCAGAUGACCUGUUCCUGUGUUGCGCAUUCUAUAACAUUCUAUGUUUUAUUAGCUCUGGCUCCAUGAAUACCAUUACCUUUCACUGUACGCUUAUAGAAGUUUAUUUUCCUCAAGUAGGAGUCAAAACUCUUAAGGAUCAUCAUAACGCCUGGGAAUCACCUGAGCUCCACUUAUCAUCUGUUCCCAUGUUAUUAAUAAAUGAGUUCUGUUUGCAAAUAAUUCUAAACUAUUGUACCGAGGUCAAAGAUUAGAUUUUCUCUGAAGGGUUUGCACAUCUGUGGAGGGACCAGAACAAAUCUGUGUGAAGGAGAUAUUUUCAUCAAAAUAGAAUUCAGUAGAUAUUGUUCAUAUAAGCUUUUGGAACGUCUGCACUUGUCUAUCACCUUUUGAAUUGAACAUUGAUGUGUAUGAUUUGUUGUUUUUGAGAGAAGGACAGAAUGUCCUCGCAUGUAAACAGGUCCUUAUGGGUGGACAGAAAUCCAUUAUUAUAUGAAUUACUGUUCCCUUAAAAGCAUCCAGAUAUUUUUACAUUGAGCUUGGAAAUGAGACCAUUAGCAUAACAAGGAAGAAAGAUUUGCAUUCAUAUUGCACUACAAAUAACUGUAGGAUAUUCCAAAGUGCUUUGCUGCCAAUAGAAUACUUUUGAAGUGAAAUCAUUAUUGGUAAUGUAGGAGUUGCAGCAGUCAAUUUCUGCACGGUAAGCUACACAAAGCAAUUUGAUAAUGAACAAAUAAUCAAUUUUGAGAUGCCACAUGAGGGAUAACUAUUAACCAGAACAACUGGGAUAUCACCUCUGCUCAUCUUCAAAAUAGUACCAUAGGGGACCAUGCACAUCCACCUAAUGGGACAGAUGGGGUCCUGGUUUUAACACCUUCACUGAAAGAUGGCAGCUUCAAUAAUGCAGCACUGAACUGAAGUGUCAGACCUGAAUAUUGUGUUCAUAUCCUGGAGUGGGAUUGGAACUCAAAAACUUUGGACCCAGAGGUGAGAGAUCUACCGGAUGAGCCAUACCUUGCAUGUCAUGAAGCUGCAAUCAUGAUAAUAAAUUGGCUUUGGCUUUAUCUGAGAGUCACAGGCCUAAAAGAAUAUUUCAAAAGUUAGGAAACUAAAUGUGAAACUAUGGCUAUGCAAUUUUAUUGUGCAAAGCUGACGUGUUCAUAACAAAUUUCUUUAUAUGUAGCAUUAAAUCAUGAAAUUACAACUGCACCUAACAAAACAAUGAAUAAAACCAACUGAUGCAAUCAUUUUGAAUAAUGCAUCUGCAUAUUUUCUUGGCUAAAAUCUUGUGACCAUGAAUAAGUAAAAGGUUUAAAUUAACCAGUAAAAUGAACACCCUGGAGGUCAUGACAUUCUAUCUAUAAGUAAAUAUAUAUGUCACCACAUACAACUGGGUGAAACAAAGCAGAUCUCAUUUGAGUAAACCAGUGUUAGAAUCAAUAUCAUUGCAAGAAAGUAACACAGCUGGAUGACGUGAGUAUGGUUAUUUAUGUUAUCUGAUUUUUCUGGCAUCACAUAUCAACAGAAGGAAGCAGGAGUAUGUUGUACUGUCCCUCAUGCCUACUCCACCACUGAAUAAGAUCAUGGCUGAUCUUCAUUCUCAACUACAUUUCCCAAUAUCUCUUCUCCUAAAAUCCAAAUUCUAUUGAUCUCGAGUAUGCUUAGCAACUAAGUAACCACAGCUUUCUGGGGUACAGAAUUUUAAAGAUUUGCUACCUAUUGAGUGAAGAAUUUUUUUGUCAUCUCUAACCACUUCUGAAACAAUGCUCCUAACUCUGGGCUUUAGAGACAGGGGAAGAGCCUCGGCAUGUAUUCUGUUAAAGGCUGUCAGACUCUUGCAGGUUUUACUCAGAUUAUCUAUUAUUCUUCUAAACUCCUGUCUCAUUGUGCUCAAUCUAUCCUCAUAGGACAAACUUCUCAGACAGAAAUAAGCCUAAGGAACUUUUGUUGUAGCUUCUCUGAAGCACAUGUACCCUUCCCAGGAACAGCAACCAAACCUAUACAUGAAACUACAGGUGUAGUCUUACUUUCUCUCGACCAUUGAUUUCACACUAUUUCUGAUUUGUUUGGACAUUCCACUAUGAAAGCAGAGACAAUAGGUGGAAUCUUCUACUUUCAUUAAUAGUGAGUUAGGGAGGGGCGGGGAGGGGUAGAGAUUAGUUAGGAUGGUGUUGCAUCUAAACACUCUUGCUUUCACACCUCAGGCAGAAUUAACUUCUGAGCAGGAAGUCCUAUAUUCGAUCUGCCCAGGCUGCAGCUGAUUUAGACCAUAAUUAUUGAAUUAAGGACUACUUCAAAGUCUUGUCUCACCAAUUCUGGGAUGAAGCCAGCUACAGACAAGCCUGUUGGCAUAUGAUAUGCGGCCAAAACCAUGUGGCUAGCUUGUUACUUCUGGAUAGGGUGAUGCCUUGAUCAAAGGAAUUCAGUGACUGAUCAAGGGAUUGGACUUUGGAAAGGGGGAGGCCAGAUGACAGCUAUCCCCUGUCUUUUACUGUUGACACUCUUGCACCCUUCUGCCUGGGACCUCACCCACAGAAUUGUCUUCACCUCCCUCACUCCUCCUCUACCAACAUUACUUAAAUGUGGCCUUGGUCAAUGUGAAACUCUGGGACUCUGGUCCCUGUCCUCUGGCCCAUUCAGUGGCAUUUCUGAGCACAAGGCUUUCACCGGAAUAGUCUUGUUGGCAGGCAAUGACUGAUUGGUUUGUAACUCUGCAGGUCUUCUUGAAAAGAGGCAGUGCAGUUCUCUUGCAAUCUGUCCAGCUAGCAGCCAAAACCCCCACUGCCUUAUCAACAUAUUAGGAUCAUUCUUGCCCAACAGGUUGCUCACUAUGAGAUUACUAAUUAACUUGCCUGAUCACAGAAGGUAAGAUAGCAAGUAGCCUGUUCCUUUGUUGCUUCCACUAUGUAUUGUUCUCAAACACUAUCUCAAAUGCAUUCCAUAACGUCAUCCUCCAAAUUACUUUUGUCAAUUUAAGAUGUCUAGCCUAUAUAAAGAUUAAGGUCUCCCAAGAUUGUCCUAAAUCAUUUGAUGCCAGUUCCUCACAAUUCUUGAUCAACAAUUUGUACAACAAUAUUGAUAAUGUUCAAAAGCUUACAAACUAUUCCCACCUCUACUGUCUGUCAAUGGUUACUUCUCAUCACCAUCAUUCUGAUGCUACUCCUUGACAUUCUGAGCAUUGCUUUGGAGUAUUCUUGUGUUUUUUUUAUUAUUAUUGGGCUAUCAUCACCACAUUUUCUAUUUUGUCUUUCUGUAAUGCCAUGUACUCGGGAAUAUUUAGCUCCCAAACUUGGUUACCAUGCAACCGUCUUUGUAAUGGUUAUUAGAUCAAUGUCACUUGUACUGUUGCUUUGGAUCAAUUAUCUGAAUUAAUUUAUUGGCAAAGUAUAGAAGAUUAAAUUAAUUUUUAAAACUC